UUCUAUCCUAGGUCUCUGGUCUCUGGAACAUCCAGCCUCUGGCUGCUGGCCUUCCAGGUGUGUCAGGCAUUGGCCCACUCUUGUGGCAUGGGUCUCAGGUUAGAUCAUCGGUUGGCCACUCCCACAAGAUCUGUGCCACCUGCUACCUUUAUCUCAGCACAUCUUGCAGGCAGGACAAACUGUGUGUAGAAGGCUUUGUGGCUGGGUUGGUGUCCCAGUCCCACAAGCCUUGCCUGGUUCCAGAAGAUGGCUGGUUCAGGCUCCUUACCCCCCAUCACUAGACACCUUCCCUAGGGUCACCCUCCCUCAUAGAUUCCAGGGAGUUUUCAUUGCACUGGGUUUCUACCUCAUCUCCCAAAUGCCCCCCAAUUCCAGUAGUCUCUCCCAGUUCUCGUUUCCUCCAUCCCUCCCCCAAGCCUGAUCCCUUCUGUUUCUAUCCCUACCUGUCUCCUGUCCAUCCAAGAUGACAAAGAUAAUGAUAAUAAUAGCUAAGUAACUAAUUAGAUAAAUGAAAUAAAGUUAAAAAUGAAAGGUUGAAAGUUAAGGACUGACUCCCUAAAGUUAUCCUCUGACUUCUACAUGUGAACCAUGCCUGCACACACACACACACACACACACACACACACACACACACACACACACACCUAUACAUACAAAACUUAGUCCAAAUAUUUGUUCGUGCUAUUAUAUUUGAAGAAUGCUCUAUAAGUUGUUAUAAAGGCUGCCAAAUGGAUGGCUUUUGUGUUUCUGUCAGCUAUCUAGAUCCUCCUUCCCCAGGUUUUAAAUAUACACAGAGCUAACUGGCAAACCGCCCUCCCUAAAAAUAACCCUGUUCCCCUUCCCGAGAAUUUAUGUGCUGUGGUUGCAGAAAGACAGGGGUUCUUCAGGUUCUUGACUAACGACAUUCCACAGAGACUUUGCACGACUGUCUCAAAUGCAGGGCAGCAGUGGGAAUGAGCAUUCGUCUGGAAAUCAUGGCAAAUUUGGUGGUCAAUAACAAUAUCCUUUUAAAAGAACAUUUUUUUUGCCAGUUGAGUAUUAAUGUGUCUAAAAUCUUGACUUGGAAGUAUGUGGCCUUUGGGACAGCCUUUGCUCCCAGUUUAUGCCAGCCCUCAUUACUGAUGCUGAGAGAGGAUGCAGGGACUCUAACUCCCGGAUAGCCAGCUGCUCUUCCUAAGCACCCACUUUCUCCAGAUAACAUCGAGGAGGGAUAAAUGUGAGCCCUUUAUUUUUGAUAAGGAAAUAUGUCAAAGGUGCUUUGAAAAUAUGGCCCAGGAGCAGCAAGAGCAGGAAAGAAUUUGGGCUGUCAUCGGCAGGGCUGGGUGGAACCAGCUCAUGGGCUCCAUGACUAUGAGCGUGCCAGGACAGAUGGUUCCCUGCUGUCCAGGCUUGAAGAGCCAGGAGACAUUACUAAAGCGAGGGUCCUGUAGACUUUUCCGCUCCUCUAACUCUGGUUAGAUCUUGUUCUGGAAAGGGGGGUCUUUGAGGAAUGGCGGCAACAUUAGAUGCACAGCCCUCUAACAAACUAGGUUCCUCUUUCUACAGACCUAGAGGAUGGAACAAGAGUCCCUAACUGAAGUCACGCAGAAAGGCUUCCUUUUUCUAUAGAGGAAGUGAUUUGCUAAUAGGACUUUAGUUUGGAGUAGGAUCUCUUGGAGGUAGUGAAUUCCUUCUAGCACAAGCUGAAGAACUUCUGAAGGUGUGCGUUCAUGGGUGUGAAUGUAAACACAGAAUCCCUUAAGCUCUGUAUUAGUGGAUUGUAUAAUGCUGGUUAUUAUACCAGGCAGUGCCUUGUCUAAAACCAGGAUUUGCCAUUCCACCCAACAGAUGUCCAGACUUUAGGUUCUACUCCAAUGUGUGGUUUGUGGCUCUCUAAAUUUCAUAUAAAUUAGACUGAAAUUGAGAAAGAGCUGGGACAUCGGUACAGACCCGAAAUAUGUCUACAGAUGUUAAUAUUCAUUAUCACUGGCAAACCCGGUCACUUCACUUGUUUCUUAGACUGUCCAGGAGUCCUCUGACUGGAGCCCUAUAACCUCACCUCUUAUUAAGAAUUUUUCACAAGGGAUAUUCAUGAUUUAUUGGGGUGCGUCUUUGGAAAACACAGGCUAUAAGCAAGCCAACUAAUGUCCCAAAAAUGCCCCAACAAGGGAACGUCUUCCUUGGGUAUUUGUUGAUAGUUUAACUGACUGAUCAACCGAGACUUUCCCUGAGGCCUGCUGCAUGGGAAAGGAACAAAAUUCCUUUUCUAAACCAGGAAUAUACUUGGCUGAGCCAGUAGUGGCUUAGGGCCAGAGCCCUGGGGGAGUUGUGUUUUUAGAUCCAGAGAACCCAAUUCCUCCCACAGUGUGGACCUCCUGGUUAUCAGUUCCAAGGCCACUGUGUGCUUGGUGGGUAAGGUUCUUGAGAUACCCUGUGUUCCUCUUGUGCAACACUUUUGAUUAUCUUCCUGCUGACUUUGCCCCACUUUGGGAUAGCUCCUUCCGACAACCCAUUUCUGCCCUGGAAAAGUAUAUAUGAUGCUUUGCUUUUUAAAUAAGCUUGCACGACAUAAGAUGUAGCUUGUACAAAACUUCCUGAUCCUAGACUUUCUUAUCUUCUCUCUCUAGCCUCUUGGAACCAGAAUUACAGGUGGUAGUGAGCUACCUGCUGCGGUUUCUGGGAACCGAACUCUGAUCCUCUGCAACAGCUGUGUACACUCUUCAUUUCUGAGCUGUCCCUCUAGCAUGGGGGAGUGCUCCUGGGAUCUGAUGCCCUCUUCCAGAUCCAUGGCCACCUGCACUCACAUGCAUAGUUAAAAAUAAAUCUUAUAAAGUAUAAGGAGAGCUCUUUUCCCAGUCAUCUACCUGCUGGGCUGCAGGCCACUGCUUAGGAGCAAGGCUAUGGCCAUGACACCCUUUCUAUCUUUUCAUUGGAUUUGGUAUUGUAUGUGCUUCUUGAUAGUUGAAUAUCCUUUAAAGGUAAUGACUGCAAGCUGUAGAAGGGCCCAUCUCUCUGAGCUGUGUUUCCAGUUCUCAGUGUGUCACUGGGCACGUCGGGAAUGUGUUUCAUGUUUGCCAAGAGCACAAGGCGAUGAAAUCCUUUUCUAGAGAAUGCUAUCAUGGAAACAAUUAGAGGCUUGCCAAUGCAGAUGAGGACACAUUCAUUUAAUAAUCCGGGACUGCUCUCAGACACGCAAGCGGACAUCGCCGGAAUCGACACGGCAACAUUUCUUGGGAUAAAGAGCAAAAUGUAAAUUCGGAACAACAAAAUGGCCAAAGGAGAGGGACGUGUAAGCUGUGCAUUCUCAUGCAACGGGAUGCUAUACAACAAGCCUGCACUAAGAAGGAAAACACCCCGAAUGUUUACAUCUCCCAACUAUAAUGCUUCUAUGAAAACCGACCAUCUGGAGCAGAUUUAAGCCAACAUUCCUGAUAGAUGAACGUGUUAGCUUGGAACAAGGCAAUAAAACGACUGAACAUCUCUCUAGGGCUGGGUUCUUUCUGUCCUGCUCCACUUCGGAAAGCCCCAAAUGGGAAUGCUGUCCUUGAUGCUCUGUGGGAUGUCUUUCGCGCUUCCCCUUUUUGUGAAAGCAGGCACAUGUAAGGAUGUGGAUAUGCACCCUGAGGUCAUUUCAGAGGGGCGGCCUUUUGCUUUCAAUUGUACAUACCCUUCAGUAACAAAUGGAGCAGUCAAUGUGACAUGGCACAAAAUACCCAACCAAAGCCCAGUAUCCAAAAACAGACAGUUUAGGAAUCACCAGGACCGGACCUGGAUUUUGUUCCUUCCCUUGGAAGAGGGGGACUCGGGCAUCUACCAGUGUGUUAUCCGGGAUGGCCACAGCUGUUACCGAAUAGCUGUAAACCUAACCGUUUUUAGAAAACAUUGGUGUGAUUCUUCUACGGAGAGUCGGAUAAGUCCACCGAAUGAAUAUCAACAAUUCUUACCCAUGGGAAAAUCGGGCAGUCUGACGUGCUAUCUCGACUUCCCAGACAGUUGUGUUUUGGAUUCAAUAAAGUGGUAUAAGGGUUGUGAAGAGCUUAAAGCAGGGAAGCAGUAUAUUCUUUCAGGAAGAAAGCUUUUUGUGAACAGCGUCGCGGCAGAGGACGGCGGGAGCUAUGCAUGCACGGCCAGACUCACUCACUUGGGGAGAGAGUUCACGGUUCGAAAUUACAUCUCUGUGAGCAUCAAGGAACCUGCGUCUGGAUUAAGGAUUCCUCAUAUCUCAUAUCCAAAAAACAACACCAUCGAAGUUCAACCUGGCUCCACCCUUAUUGUGGACUGCAAUAUAACAGACACAAAAGAGAACACAAACCUGCGAUGCUGGAGAAUCAACGGUACCCUGGUGGAUGAUUACUACAGCGAUUCCAAACGCAUCCAGGAAGGAAUUGAAACCAACUUUUCUUUGAAGGAUCACAUUUUUUACACAGUGAACAUCACAUUCUUAGAAGUGAAAAUGGAAGACUACGGCCUUCUCUUCACGUGCCACGCUGGAGUAUCCACAGCCUACAUCAUGUUGAAGCUCCCAGCUCCAGACUUCCGGGCUUACCUCAUAGGCGGGCUCAUGGCGUUCCUGCUUUCGGUCGUGUCUCUCCUGUGCGUCUACAACAGUUUUAAGAUUGACAUCGUGCUUUGGUAUAGAAGCACCUUCCACUCUUCCCAACCCCCAGACGAUGAGAAGCUGUAUGACGCCUAUGUCUUAUACCCCAAGUGCCCAACAGAGAGCCAGGGCCGUGAUGUGGACACAAUGGCGUUGAGGAUCCUGCCUGAGGUGCUGGAGAAGCAGUGUGGAUAUAAGCUAUUUAUAUUCGGCAGGGAUGAAGUCCCUGGACAAGCUGUGGCCAACGUCAUUGAUGAAAACAUUAAACUGUGUAGGAGACUGAUGGUGCUUGUGGCCCCAGAAUCUUCCAGCUUCAGCUUUCUAAAGGGCUUGUCAGAAGAGCAAAUCGCCGUCUACAACGCCCUAAUCCAGGAUGGCAUGAAGGUCAUCCUGAUCGAAUUGGAGAAGAUCAAGGACUACAGCACCAUGCCUGAGUCCAUUCAGUACAUCCGACAGAAGCAUGGGGCCAUCCGGUGGCACGGGGACUUUACAGAGCGGUCACAGUGUGCCAAGACCAAGUUCUGGAAGAAAGUAAGAUACCAUAUGCCAUGCAGAAGGUAUCCACCAUCUUCCUCAGUCCAGCUGCUGAGGCACACGCCCUGCAACUGCACAGCAGGCAAGUGGGAUGCUGCCACUGGGCUCAUAAGUUCCUGACUGAGAGUAGUUGGUGUGUGUUGGAUCACAGUGACAUCCUCUUUGGGUUGUCUACCCAUGCAGCUUGCUCUUUUGUGUUGUGAGUGACCUUGUUCUUGUUGUUGGUUGAUGCUUUUAAUUAGACCAGUUUCUUUAGUGCUCCUGUUUGCACCACAGCUCCUGAACACCCAUAUAAGCUCCUGAGAGUGGGGUACCUAUGGAACUCAGCCUCCAUGCCUGUGGGAUACAGUGGAUGGUCAGGAUGACAGAGCAGAUGGCAAGGAUGCUUGGUCCAUGUUUGGGAUGGGAGACUGAGCAGUCUGGAGAUGCCAAGUGGGCAGCCUUUGGGAAGGCCAGCAAGGAUGGUAGCACAAUAUCUAUGCUUGUCUAGUAUCUAGUAGGCUUUGGGCCCUCGGCAGUGUAGAUUGUAUCUAAUUUCCUUCUCUCUCCCACUGCAGUUAGAUAACGAUGCCCCCAGGAACCACUUAAAUAUCACCCGGACCAAAGGACUCUAAGCUUUGAAAGAUAAUCUGUCAAAAUGAAUUAAAAAAAACUUUCACUUUUUAAAGAUGCUUUGUCUGCCAGAAAUCUGUGGAAUAGUUGAGAGAUAUGAAUUACAGCUCCGAGGUGAUGUGGUUCUAACCCCAGUAAAUCUAUGUGAGCUUUGGGUUAGUGAGUGCGCCCUUUAUCACGGGCAGUAUAGGAAUGCAUAGUUCAUCCAGUGUUUUGAUGCUAAACAGGGCUGUCAACCACGGCUACUAUUUCUCAAGGCCCAGCUGGGAAAAAUCAACUCCAGUCCAACUCUACUAAGCUGUGGUUAACACGCAUGCUGCUUCUUGGGCAAUCGUGAACAAAUGUCUAUUUACCUCAGAUAAGUAGGGUGCUGGACACAAAUCAUGAAAACAAUUCCACAGAAGUCUAGAUUAAUGGAGCAGUCAUUUUCCUGGGGUUUCUUGAAGGGCUGAGGGUGAGGAGUGAGUUCCAAGAGCAUGGGCAAGUCAAAGACAACUACAUCUUGGAAAAGCCCACCGAGCGUGGAGCGUGGUGAGAGCGUAAGACAGCUGAAUCCCUAGAGCUCUGUGAAGCGUUCGUAAUAGCCACUGUUUCUCUCCUAGCAGCUCUUUCUGCUUCUAUAGCCACAAAGCACAGGCUUGUGACUCUUUCUGGCUUUCCCGAGGACUGAGGAACCUACUUAGAAAAGAAGUUGCAGAAGUUUGGGGGAGAUAACUACGUAAUGGAAACACUGGGGAUUAAUAAGUGAGCCUUAAUGAGGAGGGAGUGGGAGGGGCCACCAGGCCACAGGCAGGAUGGAAAGGCCUGGGAGGAGAGGGAGAAGGAGGAAGAGCUGGUAGAGUGGAAGGCUUCAUGGGAAGUCCAUCUUUCUGCUUGAGAAUUCAUCAAGGCAGGCUGGCGUUGUGGCAACCAUAUCUUUACUUGAGACUUGAAACUGGACCUCACUUUAAUACUUUUUAUUUAAAAAAAAUUAACUAUGGUAAGAUAUAACACUAGUCAUUUUUAAGUCGAAUUGUUACGCGAGGCCAUUAAGUAUUUUCAUGUUGACACAACCAUCAUCACCAUCCUCUGAGACCUUUUCAUCCUAGCAGACAGAAACUCUGUUCUCAGUGAAUAUCUUCUCUCUCCUCCCGUCCUCCCUGGCCCCUGGAAAUCACCAUUCCACCUCCCAUCCCUGUGAAUCUGACUAUUCUAGGAACUUCCAAUAAGAGACCUCAUUUGGUAUUUCUCAUUUUGUGGCUGACUUCUUCCAGGUACCACAGUAUCCUCAGGUGCCCUCAAGGCUCGUCCGUGAGAUCCACCUUUCGAUUCACCAUCACCGCUAGUCUGUCUGUCUCUUCUUUUUCUUCCUCCUUUCUCAAAGAGCAUGGAACACAGAUGCUUUUGAAUGCCCCCGGAGUGAGGAGCUCAUCAAAGCUCUCUCAAGGCACCUGCCUGUGGCAUUUUGCUUUUCAGCUUAUCUUUGCAUCACGGGAAUCUAACUCCCUGUAAAGGAUUCGCGGGUUCAAGUACAGUCAGGUAUUUGUUGUUUCCAAGGGAUGUCCCUGACUGCUUCUUCAUUCUGUCCUCCUCACCCUCCAUGGGUCUGUGCUUCUGGCUGGUUCCUGGAAAUUGCCAGCAAUACUGGUGGAACCCAGGGACGGGGCUGACUAACGGGGCAGCCUUUUCUUGUGUGGAGCCCAGGACACAGAGCCCGUCUAAUGGGUUCCAGGCACACGAGGUGGUGACAUCUGCCAGUAUGAUUCCCAGGCAGGACGAUCUCCUUUUUUAGGUAAAUGAUCAACCACCGGUCCUUUGGUGAGGACAUGGGGGAUGUCUAGAUUUGAACUCUUACUUCCUUGGUUAUCUCUCUCUGAAAGACUCAGGGAGAUAGUAGCUGAUGCCCUGUCAGGAUCAGGGCAGACAAACCAAACCACCUCAUCAGAAGAAAAUGUUUUCUGAAAAUCCCUGACUUUGUGAGGCCAACUGUGCUGAAAUUUUUAACCUGAUUUUUUUUUUACAGUCACGAAGCUUUCCUCUCGCCUACAUGUCCUAAUUUUCCUUUUGCUUAAAAUUAAAAAAAGAUGUAUUAUGAAUGCUAAAAUGUGAACUAUUAUAUCAGCACAUUGACAUUUUUAUUAAAGAAUAUUUUAAUAAAACACAAGAGCUCCUUUUCUUGAAGGAAUUACCACCUCAUAUGUUUGAACACCUGGCAUGUGCCCUGGAGUCGAAUGCAUUCUUGUUUGUAGGCCAUUGCUCUGAUGCGGGAUUUGUGAAAGCAGAGACCCGUAUUUUAAAGAUGGACGAGGUUCACUCUACAGCAGGAAGCCCCGUUCUCUUUGACAGUGACUCCCCUUUGAUAAUUUGAUAAAGAGACCAUCUUAACUCUACUUACAGAAGGGUGUUGGCUUUUUUUACAGACUUUCAGUGAGAUUUACAUCAGGCCCAUGGGAUCCACACCCCAAACUCUCUAUUGGUACUGUAUUUAUAAAACAGGUAAUGGCACAUUUUCUACAGAAUUCUGGGUGACAGACCAGUGUUUAGGAAGUGAGUCACUUGGAGUCUUCUUAGGAAUUAAUUGGAAAAGAGCGGCCUCGAAGUUCAGUCGUGUUUAAUGAGUCAUCUAGCCUAGAGAUGUCCAACUAGUGUGUCACAAAUGAGUUUCAAGACUCCUGGGGCACAGCAUCCCCCAUUAUCUGCAGAGGAGCUGGUCCAAGAACCCCAGUGGGUGCUCCAAACUGGAUAGUGCUGAACUCAGUAUAGGAUACAUUUUUCAUGCACAUAUAAACAUUUAUAUAUUUAAUGUGUUUAAUAUAUAAAUAUGUGUUUAAGGUAUCCUUUAGAAACAAAAUAGUGAGAACAAAAUCAAACAUUUUUAGCAACAUAGCCUGUUAUAAAAUAUAUGUGAGCGUGGACUCUCUCUGUCUUCAUAAACAUCCCAUCAUACUGAAGGCACCUGUCACUCUGUGCUGAAGUGAUGCUACCAUCCUCAGUUGACUGAGUAGCUAAAACCUUAGAACACGAGACCACAGAUGAAGACGGCUAUCGUAGUGCCUCCUGGUAUAUUCAGAAUCUUGGCCUCAUCUGUUUGUACCCAUGACUGUGUUUACCGGGCAGGAAAAAGAUAAGGCUACUCACCCUCUGUUCCAGCUGUUUUAAUUUAUCAUGGAAGAAACUGAGGCCCAGAGAAGUGAAGUGAGUGAUUGGGGACUCCCGGGACUCUGCAGCAGAGGGCCAUUGGCUGGUUUAGGUCCCUCAGAAGGUAUGCCAAACCUCUCGCCCCCAUGACCCUGGCUGCUGGUUGGAAUUCUGCAGAUCUCUGAGAGUGAUGGGGCCUCCCUUGACCUCUGGACUUGACCCAGAGACUAAGGUGGUGGAAAAAUCAAUGGUCAACAAAAGUCAACCUGAGACCAUGACUCUCAAGUCCGUUACUUUGUAUAGAUGAGAAGCAAAGACAAUGAUAUUGGAGAGUGAGCAAGAAGCAGUCGUUUUCCUGAGAAGAGGGUGGAAGGGAUGGAGGCUUCAAGAGUGGGAAGGGUCCCGAGGGAGCUGUCACCAAGCUUCUUGCCCAAGAACUCAUGUCAGAAGCUGGGCAAUGAUUGAUGUAAUUUCUAUUAAGAUUCGUUGAUUCUCUGAGUGUAUCAUAGGCGGACCCAAUGGGAAAUGGGAGGCCUGCAUAUUCUUCGCAUGUUCUCUUGACCUGAGCAAGGAGAUGACUACACGCUGUUUGCCCUAUCAGGGACUAAUCCUGUGUCUUGUUCACCCUUAUCCAUUCUUUCUUGAUCUUGGCCGGGAUGGCUAGCCCUUGCUCUUGCCUAGGUGUUCUAGAUGCUAAUUAAACCAUGCUUUCUCUGUUCUCACCUUUCCAUGACCAGCUGGUAGUUGACCAGGACCACUGCCUGUUCUGGACGCGGGGAAUUAACAACUAACCCCUAUCACAGUUACCGAGAUAACUACCAUCUUCCUUGGGCGCCUCAUCCACAGGGUAAUCUGCUCUCUGUCCUAGAGUAGGUGGAGGUUUUUAUUCCCUCUGCUGCUGCUGUGAAGCCAUGCUGUGUAUGUUCCUCAUGGGGGCUCAGUCAGGGUCCGCCAGAGCCUGCCAGGACUGACUUUGUUGUCUUGCCUACAGCCUUGUUCUUUCUCCUCUCUGGUCAGCAUGGCUACCUCACACUCAGCUGCAAACAAUCCUUAUUUACCUUCCUUAGCAUUGUUGGCCUUGUUGGUUGAAUCGAAACACUCCUUUUAACUUCAACGCCUGCUUUCGCUGCUGCAGAACUGCACAGCUAAUACCAUAAAAAUCUGGAAACCGAAUUCCAGAAGUGCACAGUAUGCCUCUGAUUUCUCUUCAUUUGCUCACCGUUUAGGAGUUUAUCAAUUUUUGUUCUGUGUUGUCUUGCCCAGUGGUGGACAAACUAACUGGUAGCACUUGAAUACUCGUGGGAUUCAGCAUCUAGGUCUGAGGAUGUUCUGAAUGCCUCUGUGUUUCACAAAUAGAUGCUUCCAGAGUUCUGGGGAUUUUUUUAAAAAAAGAUGAAUGGUGUUAAUGAGUGAGCCUGUGUACCAAUUAUUGAUCUCUUGACACAAACUUCUAGGAUACAUAUCUGAGACAAACCUUUAACAUAGGGCAUGAAGUCAACUGAGGUUCACCCUAUUGCCUAGGGCACUGCUUCCUCCUGGCAUCCUUCAGACCCAGGGUUUGUGUGCCUGGUGGUGUGGAGAGCAAGGGAGUCUUCAGGGUCAACCUCACCACCUUCAUGUACCUGGGUGGGGGAGGGGAGGGGAAAGAGAGGGAGGGAGCAAGGGCUGCCAAGAUGCUGAUCAGCAUCCCUGUGUGAAGGGGAGCAUGCUCAUUCCUGCAUACAAGGCCAGUGGGACCUGGUGCAGAUCUACAGGGCAUCCGAGGAAACGCCUGUGACAGGGCAGUCUGUGCUGCUGUGUCCAGAGCUGAAAUGGAGGCGGGGCCGAGAGAGGUGAGCAUCUCAGAGAGAAGGUGAAACACAGGUGCUGAGCCCCUGGGUCACUCUGCAGUGACUAAGUCAGUCAUAAACCCCACUUUCUUGUGGUCAGUUCACCACGGUUUGUUGGUGAAAAGAGCCUGAGAGUGGGAUUAGGCCGGUACGAUCUUUACCCAGAAGACCGAUUGGAUUAAAAAAUAUAGAUUUACAUAUGCAAGCUGAGUGUGACGGUGUGGAGUGUAAUUCCAAUGCCAGAGAGCCUGAGGCAGGGGGAUUGUGAGCUCAAGGUGGUUACCUAGGAAGGCUCUGUCUUGAGAAGGCAAACGAUAGACAAACAGAAGCUACUUACUUGAGAGCUCUUGGCUGACCCCAUGCGACCCUGGGGAGAUCUAUAGGUGGGGGCUGCAUCUGAGUUUCUGCUCUCCGUGUUUGGGGCCCUGUGGUGACUCAGAUGGUUUUCUGCAGUGUCAUAAGUGACUGACCUUUCCCCAGGUCGGGGCCCCGCUUUCCAUUUAUAAACUUUCCUCAAACACAUGCUUGUCUGGUGAGAGAACGCAGGAUGUGUUUAGAGAUGGAGAAAGUGGAAAAUUCCUUUCUGUUCUUUGGAUGACAAAUACACAAAGUCUGCUCCAUAUCCCGGCACUGAGUGCUGCCAUGUGUUGGGGCUCGAUUAGUUUUCCUGGACCAUUGAAAGUUGGAACGCUGAGUGCUGACUCCGAGCCUCACAUACCCAGAAUGCAUCUGGGGAGCCCGCUAGCUGCUUUAGUGCAAGGACUUCUUGGCCCGCUACUUAUCUGUAACAGAUUCCCAAUUUGGGGGAAAAAAAACCCAAAGCCCCAGGUUUCUCCCCCUCAUCGGUCUCUCACUCCGCUGCUGAUGCUUAGCUUUGCAUGAGUACCUAACCACUUCUUAAGAAGGGCGCCCAGGGGGUGCCCUGUUGUGGGGGUUAGACUAGGAAACAGAAUUUCCUGCUCCCACCCUGAGUCGUGUGUGCAGCUCCGCCUCCAAGCAUCCCAGAAAAGGACCCUGCAUCUCAUUCUCCAGGUCAGGCUCAGAUGUGCGGUCGCCCACUUGUUCCACCACACCUUGUGUUACUGUAUCCCCUUUCUUUUCUAAGCCAGCAAGACAGUGUGGAGGUGCAGAAGCCAGACUCCAAGUUUUGAGCUAACACACGCGCAUCAACCAUCAUGAAAGCCCUCACAAUGUUUAAACUGCGAAGAAGUGCUUGGGGAAAAUACACGCUUUUAUUUCGCACUCAGUGUAUCCGUGCAAACCCCGAGGCAUUAAAAACGAAGUUGGCUCUGU